GGUGAUGAUAGUCCUCGAGUGCUCAUUCUCAACAUACGCCAACUGGAUGGAUUCCCCCUAUUCUAAUUCUAAUUGUAAUACAACUACCACUAGCCAUUAACUUGCUACUUCCUCUUCACUUUAUUCCUAAACCCUCUCUCGGUCCGCUGCUCUGCUGUUUAUACAAAUCUCUCCCAUCCACUGCUCUGCUGUAUAUUCAACUCUCUCCUCGAUCCACUGCUGUAUAUACAACAAAUCUCUCUCUCUCUCUCUCUCUCUCUCUCUCUCUCUCUCUCUCUCUCUCUCUCCCCCUCACCCCUCUCUCUCUCCCUCUCUCUCUCUCUCCCCCUCUCUCAUUCACACACACACAAACAAUGUCUGCGUCUGCGGCUGGGGAUAAUUCAUCAUCAGACAAGAUGAUAUACCUACACGGAGACAUGGAGCUCCGCAUCCUGGAAGCACGUUCACUCCCAAACAUGGACUUAAUCACCGGCCAAAUCUCUCGCUGCAUCUCGCUCGAUUCCUGCCGCCGUGCUCCCUCCCCCGCCGACCGCAAGAUCGGCCACCACCGGAAAAUUAUCACCAGUGACCCCUACGUCACCGUCUCCGUCCCCCAGGCCAUCGUCGCUCGUACACGUGUCAUCCCCAAUUCUCAGUCCCCUAUCUGGGAUGAACACUUUCACAUCCCUCUUGCUCACCCUGCUGUCAAUUUGGAAUUCCAAGUCAAAGAUAAUGAUGUCUUUGGCGCCGAAAUUAUCGGCACUGUCAAGAUCCCUGCUCAGACGGUUGCUUCUGGAGAACAUAUUUCUGGUUGGUUUCCCAUCAUUUCGUCCUCUGGGAAGCCUCCCAAGCCGGACUCCGCUCUUAAGAUUGAGUUGAAGUUCACUCCGUGUGACGAGAAUCCGCUUUAUAAGCACGGCAUUGCAGGCGAUCCGGAUCAUUUAGGUGUUAGGCACACUUAUUUUCCUGUUAGGAAAGGUUGUCAGGUUCAGUUGUAUCAGGAUGCACAUAUUACCGAUGAUAUCAAAUUUCCGCAUAUUGAGUUGGAUGGUGGGAGGAAUUUCGAGCAAGGUCAUUGUUGGGAGGAUAUAUGUUAUGCUAUUUCUGAAGCUCAUCAUAUGAUUUAUUUGGUUGGUUGGUCCAUAUAUCAUAAGGUGAAGCUGGUUAGGGAACCAACUAGGCCAUUGCCGCGAGGAGGGGAUUUGACUCUCGGUGAACUGCUCAAGUAUAAGUCUGAGGAAGGGGUUAGGAUCUUGCUUUUGGUUUGGGAUGACAAGACUUCCCACAAGAAGCUCUUCAUUAACACGGAAGGAGUGAUGGGGACACAUGACGAGGAGACCAAGAAAUUUUUCAAGCAUUCAUCUGUGACUUGUGUGCUUGCACCUCGUUAUGGAAGUAGUAAGCUUGGCUUUCUCAAACAGCAGGUUGUUGGAACUGCAUUUACACAUCAUCAGAAGUGUGUGCUUCUAGAUACCCAGGCAUCUGGUAAUAAUAGAAAGAUUACAGCAUUUAUAGGUGGUCUUGAUCUGUGUGAUGGUCGGUAUGAUACACCCCAGCAUCGAAUAUUCAAAGAUCUUGAUACUGUAUUUGAGGGUGAUUACCAUCAGCCUACAUUUCCAGCAGGAACGAAGGCUCCAAGACAGCCGUGGCAUGACUUGCACUGUAGAAUAGACGGCCCUGCAGCUUAUGAUGUCCUCUUGAACUUUGAGCAGCGUUGGAAAAAAUCUACAAGGUGGAGGGAAUUUAGUUUACUUAAGAAAAAAAUUGCUCGAUGGAGUGAUGAUGCUUUGAUAAAGAUAGAACGUAUCUCAUGGAUACUCAGUCCAUCCAUGUCUGUUUCAAAAGAUGGUAAGCACACAGUCGUCCCUGGUGAUGAACCAAUAUUACAUGUUUGUAGGGAAGAUCAUCCUGAUAACUGGCAUGUUCAGAUAUUCCGAUCAAUAGAUUCAGCAUCAGUGAAGGGAUUUCCCAACACUGUUGAUGUUGCUCAGGAACAGAACCUUAUCUCAGCCAAAAAUCAGGUGAUAGACAAAAGCAUUCAAACAGCAUAUAUUCAAGCAAUUCGAUCUGCUAAGCAUUAUAUUUAUAUUGAAAAUCAAUAUUUCAUUGGAGGAUCAUAUGCAUGGCCAGCAUACAAAGAUUCAGGAGCUGAAAAUCUAAUCCCCAUGGAGUUGGCACUAAAAAUUGCUAGUAAAAUAAGAGCAAAGGAGAGAUUUGCAGUAUAUGUCAUCAUGCCAAUGUGGCCAGAGGGUGUUCCCACUACUGCUACUAUGCAAGAGAUUCUCUUUUGGCAGAGCCAAACAAUGCAAGCAAUGUACUCCAUGGUUGCUCAGGAACUUAAAUCCACACAAGUUGUAGACUCCCAUCCUUGCGACUAUCUGAACUUCUAUUGCCUAGGCAAUCGGGAAGAAAUUCCAAAGGAAGCUAGUCAAAAUUCUACAGAUUGUAAUCAGGUUUCCAGUGCACAGAAGUUUCAGCGGUUUAUGAUUUAUGUGCAUGCCAAGGGGAUGAUUGUUGAUGACGAAUAUGUGAUUGUGGGAUCUGCUAACAUUAAUCAGAGAUCUUUGGCUGGUACAAAGGAUACUGAGAUAGCAAUGGGUGCAUAUCAACCCCAUCACACUUGGGCUGCAAAGAAGCAUCAUCCGCAAGGCCAGGUAUAUGGAUACAGGUUGUCACUAUGGGCUGAGCACCUUGGAAUGUUCGACGAUUGCUUUGUGACUCCAGAAACUUUAGAAUGCGUAAAGAGAGUGAACGACGUUGCUGAAGAUAAUUGGAAACGUUACACAACUGAAGCCUUUACCCCAUUGCAGGGCCAUAUUCUUAAGUAUCCUCUCCAUAUUGAUGUUGAUGGAAAGGUGGGUUCUUUACCUGGACAUGAAAAUUUUCCCGACGUUGGUGGCAAAGUGAUUGGAGCUCAUUCUGCUGGAAUCCCAGAUAUUCUUACAACAUAAUACAAAUCCCAGAAUUGUAUGCGUCUGAUAUUUUUUUGUUUGUUAAUUGUUAAAGACGGUGUGGGGUGUUGAAUUCAUGAAUCUGUCCAUUAUUGUAUUUUGUGCACAGCUUUGUACAUCUUGGAUUAUAAUUAUGAUAGAUGUAAAAAAUAGGGAAAGAGCGAUAGAUGAGAUGUUUGAACCUGUUUAUGCUGAAUUAUAAUUAGGCUGGGUACAGUUGUUUGUUUGUAGUUGGGAUUUAUUAAUCAGUUGAAUUGUAAGUUGUGACUAAUGGUAUAAUUUAUGGUUGAUUAGUUGUA